AUGGAACGCUUUUGGAGCCCAUGGAACGGCUCCAAACACAAACUCUUGCCGAGCCCGUCGGUCCACGGGCUCCGUCUAGGUCCACGGGCUCCGUACCGUGGAACGGUCGUCCCGCCAGGACCGGCGAGUGGCUAUCCGCCGGAAGCGCAGGAUCCCCUCCAGAAAGUCCUGGACCGCUUCACCUCCACGGGACACGUUCGCAACCAAGCGACGGGGGGAGCCUUGGCACAGGCGGCAGCUCAGGCUUCCAUCUAUGUUCCAGAACUACAGGAGCAGCUCUACGAGAACAUGAUGGCGCCGGAUGAUGGAUGGCUAGAAGUGGAAUCUCCAUCGGGCAGGAUAUACUACUGGAACCAGUUUACCCAGGAGGAGUGGGAGCCAGAGCCGUCAUAA